AAAGAGGUAUUGAGAGGAGCAUGCAAAGAAAAUGAUCCUUCCCUGUAACCCCUUCCUUAUUCAAUUAAAAAAAAAAAGAAAAAAAAAACAGGAGCAUGCAAAAGGUUUUCCUCCUACUUUGUCUUGCUAGGAGAAUCAACCACGGGCCAUUAAAGUUCUUGCCUAGCUAUGUACUAUAGAGAGCUCAGACCAAAAGGUUUCUUUAUGGAGCCGAGAGGAGGGGCAAUGAACACAUGACGUUGCCUUGACAUUGCAGGAUCCAAAAAUGAAGCCCGGCUGGCGGUUGUUGCUACGGUUACUUUGGUGGUUUUUAGUGUUUGUAGGAUGGUGAAAAUCUAAACCGAGGGUGGAUCCACUCUGAAGUUCAGGCCAAAGAACUUAUUUUGCAGCCUGGGUGUCCUAAUCUGGGCAACUAUUUGGACAAUCUUUCUUUUCAGUUCCUACAGGAAAACUAGUGGAAGAGGAUUGAAACAAAAGUCAAUUCAUAGCAUGUCUAGAUUAAUCACCUUCUUAAAUCUGAUUUACAAAACCGAAUUUAUGAUAGCUUCCACCAGAGGGGGGAAUUUCUUAAUUUUUUUAUAACAUAUAUGUAAUAUAGAACUGCAAUUGGUCUUUUAGUUCACACAAAUUGUCCUUGGUGGUACAGGUUUUGUAGUCUACGGACUGGACAAAGUAUGUUCAAGGAUGCCCCCGGGCCAAGAGAAGUUCGUUGCCAUUGGAGAUCUUCAAGGAUGGGGGUAUUCAAAUAGUGACAUCCGUGGAUACCUUGGAGCUCUAUCCAUUUUGCAGGACUUCUACCCAGAAAGACUAGGGAAGCUUUUUCUUGUCCAUGCGCCUUACGUGUUCAUGGCAGUAUGGAAAAUUGUGUACCCUUUUAUCGAUGAAAAGACCAAGAAGAAG